AAAACGUCCAACUCCAAAGCAAAUCCACAGAAACUGUGGUGAUAGCGUGCGAGGAUUAUGAAACUCAGUCUGAGAAACGGACCUGCUCUUACAGUCAAGCCGCCACCGGGAGGCGAACCCGUGCUCUUGCUGGUUGGCAGUGACCGUGACAACGUCAUUCCGGGCAUUGUGUCGGUUCGGUUUGUGAUGGUGAUGGCUGUCACACCGAACAGCUGUACCUGCACUUGUGCUUGCUCUGUGGCUAAGACGUAGAGAUAGUGUUGUGAUAGGGGAUACAUGCAUACGCCCGCCCGCCGCGCCGUCUUCGUGCUUUGUGCUCCGUGUCUCUGGACUGGCUAUGCUGGACAAGCCCAGCGAGCCUUGAUCUAAAUGAGCGGCGACGAGUCCUUAGUGGAUACCACCGACAGGAUCAACAGUUCGUCCCUGCCCCAGCCGCUGUCACUGGAGAGCUUAGACGACCACCCUUUCCAGGACGGGGCCUGUCUUUCCUUCGCCCCUGGUUCCAGCAUCCUCGGAACAAUUGAUUCUCCGUUGAUAAACCGCGAGAGCCAGCCCUUGCUAGGUCGCAUGGACCUGGAGGGCUCUCUCAACAACUUCCCAGAUGACCCGAAAUUUGCGGAGCUGGUCCGCCAAGCAGAAUUGGCAAUUGAUAAUGGAAUCUACCCAGAAAGAAUUUAUCAAGGAUCGAGUGGAUCAUACUUUGUCAAAAACACUGCAGGGCAAAUUAUUGCAGUCUUCAAACCUAAAGAUGAAGAACCAUAUGGUCGAUUAAAUCCCAAAUGGACUAAAUGGAUGCAUAAACUAUGCUGUCCGUGCUGCUUUGGUAGGUCAUGUUUAAUACCAAAUCAAGGAUAUUUGUCAGAGGCAGGAGCCAGCCUUGUUGACCAGAAAUUGGGUCUCAAUAUUGUUCCUAAGACAAAGGUUGUUAAACUAGUUAGUGAGACGUUUAAUUACCGAGGUAUUGCAAGACAAAAAACAAGGGUAAAGCAAGCAGUAAUGGAUCGAGCACCAUGGAUUGGGAGGCGAUUUAAUAGAAUAGGUCUUCCUCCCAAGAAGGGAUCAUUUCAGAUGUUUGUUGAGGGUUUCAAGGAUGCUGACUAUUGGCUCAGACGCUUUGAGACUGAACCCUUGUCCCCCAAGCUCCAGUCUGAGUUUCAAAAUCACUUUGAACGUCUAGUUGUACUUGAUUAUAUCAUCCGCAACACAGACAGAGGCAACGAUAAUUGGUUGAUUAAAUAUGACCAGCCGAGUGUUAACUCUCGAGCCAGUUCAAGAGGAGGCGAGAUGGAAGAUGCAACGGAAUGGAAUGUGGUUCAGCUACCACAAUUAUCAAUUGCAGCCAUAGAUAAUGGCUUAGCUUUCCCAUUCAAGCAUCCAGACUCCUGGCGAGCAUACCCCUAUCAUUGGGCAUGGCUUCCUCAGGCCAAGGUGCCUUUUAGUCAAGCCAUUGGUGAGCAGCUUCUGCCUCUGAUUGGUGACAUGAACUAUGUGCAGGAUUUGUGUGAUGAUCUUUAUCUUCUCUUCAAACAAGACAAAGGAUUUGAUCGCCACAUGUUUGAAAGGCAAAUGAGUGUAAUGAGGGGGCAAAUAUUAAAUUUGAAACAAGCCCUUACUGACAGGAAAAGUCCGGUUCAGCUCGUCCAAAUGCCCUCUGUAAUUGUAGAAAGACAAAAAGGUCAUGUUGGUACCACAUCCCGGUUCAGAUCAUUUAGUGAUACUUUCACUCAGCGUGUUCAUAUGAAGAGCCCGUUCUUUUCGUGGUGUUAAGCGACUUUGUCAAUGACCAAUCCAUCUUUAGACUGCAUAAUUGCUCAUAGGUUGGAAAAAUCCUUUUCAUUAUGAGUAAUGAGUGAUUGUGCGGCACUUCUAAGUGCCAUUGUUUAGUUUUUCUGAAGUCAGUGGCCCUAUUUACUUUUGAAUGUAAUAAGUCUGUAUUUCAUUUAAAGUUUAUAGCAGUCUUUUUAAAUGUUUAAUUAUUUUGACUAAUUUCAACCAAGAUCAAGGAAUUUUAACUCCAUUAACCAGUAUAUUGUUAUUCAUUUUUUUGCCCGAAUGCUAUGAAUUUCCCCACAUCCCCUCUAUUUCAAUAAUUUGAGUUUCUUUACCUUUACCAUUAUUUGCAUAAGUACAUAGUUUGAUGAUGAGGUAUUAAUAUAGCAAUUUGAAUGAUGAGUUUCAUGUGCAGGUUGCAUCAUAUCACUCAUAGAUAGCUUUUAUUAUAAUUUUUUUUUGUGCUGUGAAGAAAUAUUCAUGUGUUGUUUUUAUCAAAAGGAAAAUAACCAAAUGUGUCACUAUAAGAUCUAAUUUAUUCCCUUGAGGGAACAUUCCAUCUAUCUCUCUGGCACUAUUGAUACACAUGCAAAUAGUGCACUCUUAGAGGUUACUCCUGGAAUAUCCCAAGAGUCAAGUGGCAUUCCUUACUUAGGGCCCUGCUAGUGAAAUGAAUUAAGCUGAAAGUGAUACCAUUGUGUAAUUGUGAAUGGUUGUUUUUGAAUAGUGAUGAUCAUCUAAGACAUCUCCUUUAUUGUUCUUUCAAUCGGCUGGCCAUGUGGUUACUUUUAGUGUUGCAUCCAUAUAAUAAUUAGUCAACUUGUGAUAAAACAUUCAAUUAAUAUUUUAGGUGGCCCUUUUAAAAUUUUGCCAAAGAAAUGUAGAACACUGCUGUCAACUUUUCAUAAUUGAUGUCUUGUUGGGUCAAGACACAGGCAGUGGUUUCUUGGCUGAUAUAUUGUAUGCUAAUUGGUUGGAUUUGUGAUGCAACUUAUUUGUGAUAAAACUUCAAGUCAAGCAUUUAUUGUUCACACUCCCUUGUUUUGAAGGUUCAUCUUCUUUUCCCUUUUUUAACAUAAUUUUAUUACCUACCAAGAAUUUUGAGAACAUAACACCUUGCUUAUCUUGCGGUAGAGGCUCUUGUGUGUAAGAGUUGAACCUCUAAGUAAAACCAACCAUGACUAAAAUGAUAAAUUGGAGGAUUAAGAACUGUACACCUUUAUUAGUGCUAGUUUCUAAUCUUUUCAAAUCACUCCCAGGUGCAUUGGGUACCAGUGUUGUUUUUUUUUCUCUUUUUGUUUUUUUCUUUUUAAAUUUUGUUACUUUGAAUCUGAUUGUUUCCUGAUAUUGCUUGAAUUUAUUAUUAUUAUUAUAUUUCCUGUAUCGAAUGAACUGUUUUCACUUUAUGCUCUGUAGAUUCUACCACUGUUGGAUUCCACAUACGCUAACAAUUGGGUACCAAAAACUGUCAUUUUGAAUAUACCUUGUUUGUUUUCUUUGAUGGUGACUUUUGAUUUCCACAUUCUGUCUGGACCUACUACAGUUAGUUGUACAACUUUAGCCAAUACCUCUUGUUUUCAUGAAAUUGGCUUUUUAUCUCAAUACUGAUUGUGAUCAAAGUUUUAUUAUGCUAAUUAAAAGGUUUGCUGAAAGGAUAGGGCUUAUAGCCAACCCUAUGCUCAUGUAUCUGAACUGAAUUGGUAGGAAAAGAUAAUAGGCCUUGGAUUUUUUAAUUGUAAAGGUCUAAACUGUCAAAAGCCAGCUGCAGAAGAGGACUUUUUUAGGCAUGACUCUGCACAGAUGGCACAUGCCUUGAAGUCAUUCAAGUUCAGGCAGCUGAAGAUGGAUUCCAUGAGGAAGCACUAAUAGUCUUGUUGUCUGUUUCAUAUGAUAUGGCUAUAUUUUUUUAUUCACCGUUAAUCGUGUGCUUAAUAUCAUAUGAAGUUGUUGGAACAAUGUCAUUGCCUUUUUUAUAAGCAUGUCUUAAAAUAAAAAUAUCCAAGCUCUGAA